AUGUUUGUGUUCCUGGCUUUCCUGGGUACCUUGCUUUCCUUGACAGCCUGUGCCCCACUACAAGGGACACCACAAGAGACAAGAAGCCGGAACAAGCUUCUACUUGUUUCUUUUGAUGGCUUUCGGUGGAAUUAUGAUCAGGAUGUGGACACCCCCAAUCUAGAAGCCAUGGCCAGAGAUGGGGUGAAGGCACGCUACCUCACUCCCCCCUUUGUCACCCAGACAAGCCCCAGCCACUACACUUUGCUCACAGGAAAGUAUAUUGAAAACCAUGGAGUGAUUCACAACAUGUGGUUCAACACUAGCACUGGACAAAAACUGCCUUAUUACCAUACCCAGCGGAGGUCUGAUUGGUGGGACAAUGGAAGCCUCCCCAUCUGGAUCACAGCACAGAGACAGGGUUUGAAAGCUGCCUCCUUGUUUUUCCCAGGAGGGAAUGCCACCUACCAAGGAGAAGAAGUGAACGUUAAGAAGGUGGAGAAACUCCUCCACAAGUAUGACAAUGAAACAGAGUGGAGACAGAAUGUGGACACAGUCAUGAAGUGGUUCCAUGAAGAUGACCUUGACUUUGUGAGCCUGUACUUUGGGGAACCCGACUCUACUGGACACAAAUAUGGCCCAGAAUCUCAGCAGAGGAAAGAUAUGAUCCGCCAGGUUGAUCGGACAGUGGGCUAUUUGAGACAGCGCAUCGCAGAGCAUGGCCUGAACUCAGUACUUAACUUAGUCAUCACCUCUGACCAUGGCAUGGAAACGGUCAUCAAAAAGGAUGAAAUUCACCUCCUCAAAGUAGCAAACUUCUCGUUUCAGGACAUUCAGUUUGAGCUGGUUGAUUAUGGGCCACAGGGCCUCCUGCUGCCCAAACCUGGGAAAUUAGAACAAGUUUAUGAAGCCUUGAAAAAUGCCCACCCCAAGCUCCAUGUUUAUAAGAAGGAGGAAUUCCCCAAAAGGUUCCAUUAUGCCAACCAUAUUCGCGUCACACCUCUUGUGUUGUAUAGUGACCCUGGCUACGUGAUCCAUGGGAGAGUGAAAGUCCAGUUCAAUAAAGGGGAACACGGCUUUGACAACGAAGCUAUGAAUAUGAAGACCAUCUUCCGAGCUGUGGGACCAGCUUUCAAGCAAGGCCUGGAGGUGGAGCCAUUUGAAAGCGUGAAUAUUUAUGCCCUCCUUUGCAAACUCCUGAACAUCACACCUGAACCACACGAUGGAUCCUUGGAAGUCACCCGACAUAUGCUUGUCAAAGACUCAGAUUCCUAGUCCCAGAAAUUAUCCCCUCACAGAAG